UCUGCAGGUGAAGCCGCUUUACCAGUGGAGACAACCCACUCAUCAGGCAGCAUGGUGAAGAUUGGAAUCAAUGGGUUUGGACGCAUCGGCCGCCUGGUGACCCGAGCCGCUGUCAUGGGAGGCAAAGCAGAGGUUGUGGCCAUCAAUGACCCCUUCAUCAAUCUGGAAUACAUGGCUUACAUGUUCAAGUAUGACUCCACUCACGGUGCUUGGAAGCACGGGGAGGUGAAAACAGAAGGUGGCAAGCUGGUCAUCGGCAGCAUGCGCAUUACAAUCUCUCACGAGAGGGACCCGGCUAACAUCAGGUGGGGCGAUGCUGGUGUAGACUACGUCGUGGAGUCUACUGGUGUGUUCACCACCAUCGAGAAGGCUUCUGCUCACCUGAAGGGCGGAGCUAAAAGGGUUGUGAUCUCUGCUCCCAGUGCUGACGCCCCCAUGUUUGUCAUGGGUGUCAACCAUGACAAGUACGAUAAGUCCAUGAGGAUUGUCAGCAACGCUUCCUGCACAACCAACUGCCUAGCUCCCCUCGCCAAGGUCAUCAACGACAAUUUUGGAAUCGUUGAAGGUCUCAUGAGCACCGUCCACUCAGUUACCGCCACGCAGAAGACCGUCGAUGGUCCCUCAGGUAAGAUGUGGAGAGACGGACGCGGCGCCGCCCAGAACAUCAUCCCAGCCUCCACCGGUGCCGCCAAGGCUGUCGGGAAAGUCAUUCCGGAGCUGAACGGGAAGCUGACUGGGAUGGCGUUCCGGGUCCCCACCCCCAAUGUCUCUGUCGUCGACCUGACCGUCUGUCUGGAGAAGCCUGCAAAGUAUGACGUCAUCAGGAGGGCUGUUAAAGCCGCUGCAGCGGGACCGAUGAAGGGAAUUCUGGGCUACACGGAGGAUCAGGUCGUGUCCUCCGACUUCAACGGCGACUGUCACUCGUCCAUCUUCGAUGCUGGGGCUGGAAUCGCUCUGAACGACCACUUCGUUAAGCUGAUUUCAUGGUACGACAACGAGUUUGGAUACAGCAACCGUGUGUGUGACCUGGUGCAUCACAUGUUCUCCAAGGAGUAAAGCUGUGACCUCUGACCUCCGAGCUGAGAUCGAGCUGAGGGUGGUGCAGAUAUUCUGAGCUGGAAUCAGGCUGUUGAUGCUUGUUUAAUAAAGUCUGUUAGUGAAA